AUGACAGACGGUUUGUUCUUGGAGACAUGCAAACAAGUCGCCAAAGAGUAUCCAGAGAUCACUUUCGAUUCAAUGAUUAUCGAUAAUUGUUGUAUGCAAUUGGUUAUGAAACCAGAGCAAUUCGAUGUUAUGGUUACACCAAAUCUCUAUGGUAAUUUGGUUACCAAUGUUGGUGCCGCCUUGAUUGGUGGUCCAGGUUUGGCUGCUGGUGCCAACGUCGGUGAGAGAGCUGCCAUCUUUGAGAUGGGUGCUCACCACGUCGCCGCUGACAUUGCCGGUCAAGACAAGGCCAACCCAACCGGUCUUCUCUUUGCCUCUGCAAUGAUGUUGAAACACAUGAACCUCGACGACUACGCCUUGAAGGUCGAGAACGCCGUAAAGAAGGUCAUCGCUGGCCGUCAAGUCUUAACCACCGAUAUGGGUGGAAAUGCCACCACCAAAGAGUUCACUCGUGCAGUCAUCGACGAAAUCGAUAAUUAA